AUGCGCAGGGAUGUCGGGACCGCGCCGGUGCUCCCGCCUCCCUCCCGCACAGCUCCGUCUGCCGGGCGCGCCCCGCCACUGCCGCCGCCCAUCAGCCGGCCUGGGGGCGCGCCGGCACCGCCGGGGCUGGGGCUGCUGCUGAGGGUCCCGAGGCUCAGCCCCCGGAGGGAUUUAAGCACCCCCAGCCCGAGCAGCCCCAGCAGUGGUGACAGUGUGCUCUGCACUGCCAUGGUCAUGACUGGGCUCUUCAUCCUCAGCCUGGGGGGCUCCAUCCUGCUCCCAGCAUUGGCCCCAGCAGGCACCCAGGGGAGCCGGAUCGUCGGGGGAAAGGCAGCAGUGCCCCACUCCCGGCCCUUCAUCGCCUCCAUCCAGAUGGACGGGGAGCACGUCUGCGGGGGCUUUCUGGUGUGGCCCAAGUGGGUGAUGACAGCUGCCCACUGCCUCGUUCCCAGGAGCAGCCCCUCGGUGCGUGUGGUGCUGGGCGCCCACCGGCUGGAGGAGCCCGAGGCGUCCCAGCAGGUCUUCAGCGUGGUCGAGUCCAUCGCCCACCCGCGCUACAACCCCCGCGCCGUGGACAACGACAUCCGCCUGCUCCGGCUGAACAGGGCGGCCACACUGAACGAGUACGUGAAGCGGAUCCGCCUCCCUUCGCCACACGUCGACCUGAAGCCCGGCACCGUCUGCUGCGUGGUGGGCUGGGGGGACACCUCCAACUAUGGCAACCAGCCCGCUGAGCUGAUGGAGACCAACACCACCAUCGUCAAGCGGAGCCUUUGCCGGACGCUGUGGAGGGGCAAGGUCUCGGCCAACAUGCUGUGUGGGGCCAGCCGCAACGCCACCCUGCAGGGCGUCUGCACCGGUGACUCCGGGGGACCCCUGAUCUUCAAGGAGAAGGUUUACGGCAUCGUCUCGUUCUCUGGGAAGAGAUGUGGGGACCGCCGGUUCCCCGACGUCUACACCAAGAUCUCCAACUACAUUGACUGGGUGCAUCGCACUGUGCGAGGGCCCCGCCAGCAGAAGGGGAGGCCGAAGCCCUGA